CGGUCAACAAGCAGCCCUAGAUCAGAGAAUAGAGAAACCUCAAAGAUGCUGUAUGUUGGACUAUUACUUGCGCUAUCUCUAGUUGGAAAUACCCAUGGUGAUGUGGAACCUUGUACUGAACUGAGUGAUGAUUUUACAACUCAAAAGCAAGACAAAUUCUCUGACCUUGCUAGUCUAAUUCCCCGGUAUGUGCACGACUCAGGGAAUGACACUGAGGCAUGCUUGAACUACCAGAACACUACCCAACCACCUCCAUGCAAUACCCUCUAUUAUGUACUAAAUGGAGACAACAGUACCCGGCAUAGCAAUGAUGACGUUGCCAUUUAUCUGGGACCUGGAUUGCAAAGACUGACCAGUGCCACCGCAGUCAUUAACAGUCGGAGGGUGGCUAUCAUUGGAUCUGGAGAGGGUGUGACUUUCAUGAAUUGCGGAAGCUACCUCGAGACGGAUAGAGUGUGUCAAUUUACAAACUUUCAAGUACGGAACUCAACAUUUGUGUUGAUUACUGGGAUAACGUUUACGCGUUGUGGACCAAUAACUUCGAGUGUUUACAUCGCAUUCUCUAAUCAUCUCUAUAUAGAGAACUGCUCUUUCGUAGACAACCUGUCCCCUCCUUUGCUCCUUCACAAUACACCAACCGUUACCUUCAACAAUGUCAACUUCACAAACAACCACCCUGAGAAGUUAGACAACGAAACGGCUAUACAUAUCUGCUACUUUUCCGGUGGACAACGAGACGUGUUCUUUAUCGACAAUCGUACAACUUCAGGAGCCAUUUCAUUCUACAUUGAAGAUUUGAGCACGAGAUUUCUCAUCAUUAACUCCACUUUUUUCAAUAACUCUGCGAGGCCUGAUGAUGACGUCACCAUUCCAAGACUAUCGAGUGCUUACGGCCACGGGGGAGCAGUGAAUAUUCGACUACUGAAUAGUUACUCCAGUCGAGUCUGUAUCGCUAACUCUAUCUUCAGUGAGAACUAUGCAGAUGCUCAUGCAGGUGGGCUAGCCAUCUCAUUGGCUGGUGUAUCCAUUGCAAACGAGUUUUAUAUUGCGGACUCCAUCUUUGACGGAAACUACUGCAAAAUUGGGAAAUGUACGGGAGGCGCUGUGGGGAUUGAUUUCUUUAGCAACACAAGAGUCAAUACGAUUUUGUUCAGUAAGACAAAUUUUACCAGAAACAAGGCUGAGUCGAGUGGAGCCAUUUCUCUGUCCACGUUUGUGAGUGCCCAAUACGAAGACGGUAUGUCUGACAGUCUCAGACUGGAUGAGUGCAUAUUUGAAGAAAACGAAGCGUUUUUUGAGGGAACCGCAUUUGGUGCUUUCUCCCUGACAAAUGCAAACCAGAUCGGAGUCCCUAUAGAAGUUUAUAACUGUCGUUUUGAUAAUAAUAUUGCAACUCGUGGAAGUACAGACACAACUGCAGUCACAGCUUACAGGGUCUUGAUAACUUUUAAAGGGACUAACUCGUUCAAUAAUAAUGUUGGAGGUGGUCUCUCGCUAUUGAGCUCUAGGAUGGACGUGCAGGGAGAUCUCACAUUUGAUAACAACACUGCCGUGUUCGGAGGAGGCAUUGCCAUGUCUGGUAGAAGCUUGAUUCUACUGUACGAGAACUCGUCACUGGAUCUGUUCAACAAUAAAGUGUCUGAGUUUGGCGCCGGUAUCUAUGUCGAGUUUGCAUCGAGUGACUUCGUCCUCUCUGUACUCAAUACUGGCUGCUUCAUGAGAUACUACAGCAACCAAGUUGGUAUACCACCCACACAAUGGCAAACUCAAGUGAGAUUUAUCAACAAUACUGCUCGGUUAGCUGGUGCUGCGAUCUACGCUAACGACAUGAGCCGCUGCAAAUGGAUUGGUGGACUAAAUUUCACCGAUAUUAACAUUUUUCAAAUCCCAGCGGAGGCGGGAUCACCUUUCUAUCUGGAGAACAACACGAUCAGUCGUGAUGUUGCAGACUCCACCUUUGUGAGGAAUCAAGCACUGGCCACUAAUGCUGACAACCUCAUCACCAACACCACUUUUCGUUCUGACUCUGCUGUGAGUUAUGGAGAAAGAGUGUCCGUCUCCCUCACUUCUCUGGAUCAGUUGGGCAACUUCAGAGAGUCUGUCUGGUCUGUGAAUGCUCCCCUAGAACCACAGCCGCUGGGUUCCCUAUCCAGCAAUGACUCCACCUUUGUGUACGAUGUCCCCAGCCAGCAGCUGCUCACAGAGAGUGGGGAGGUGACCUUCAUCAACAACUCGGCAAACAUAUCCGCUCAAUUCACAUUCCUCCAAAAUCAGCUUGUUACCUAUCCUGUAAACCUGACUAUAUCUGGAUGUCACCCUGGAUACAAGCAAGAUAACAUAUCAUCAAAGUGCAUGUGUGACGAUCAAACUGGAGUCAUUAUCAGAUGUGACACCGCUAGCAGAUACUUUUAUGUGCAAGAUGGACUCUGGAUUGGUGUGAAGGAGGACAACACUCUCAUCUCCUCCAACACUAUUCCUGGAUUCUUGAACUGCACUCGUCAAGGUUCACUGCAAGGCUGUCUCUUCAAGUAUGAUGAGCCUGAGAGACAAUGUGCUGAUGGGCGAACUGGGAAGCUGUGUGGUGAAUGCUUGGAAGGCUAUGGCCCAAGUUUUGACCUGAGGUUUUGCAGCAAAGGUUGUGUGCCGGGAGGUGUCAUAUUGUUCAUCUUCAUCUGCAUUAUAACAAUGAUUGGUUCACUCUUCAUUCUCUACUUUGAUUUCCCCAUACCAAAUGAGCUAAAAGGAGUCAUUUUCUUUACACAAGUGAUCGGAGUAAUUUAUCGGAAUACACCUUAUUAUGUGAACAUUUCGCCAAGUGUCAUAUUUUUUGACUUUCUCCUCAACUUUCUUGGCUAUGCAAUGCCUUUCCCAAUCUGCCUCUGGCCUGAUAAUAAAAUACCAGCGUACGGUAUGGCCUUCCUUGGGUUUGUGCCUCCUGCUAUUGCUCUCAUCACAGCCACCGUUUAUAUUUGCUUUGCAAAACGCUCGAGGCGCCUAAGUCAGAGAGACAACUAUGGUUUCCAUGGAUUCUAUUUCCUGUUUCUGUUUAUCUACAAGUACAUCCUGGAUGCAAGUUUCAACUUCAUCAGUUGCACACAGCUAGAUGGGGAAUAUGUGUUUUCCUAUCAAGGAACAGUGAGUUGUUUUGAGGCACCGUUUGUCGUGCUCUUCAUCAUUGGAAUUGUCCUUGUGAUUGGACUUGGUAUAGUUUUACCAGCGUAUGCUAUCUACAUUAUCUAUCAACCAGAAAAAACGAUUCAGAUAUCGAAUGCGCUCACCCAUGGCCUCAAGCAAAGAAAGCGAUAUCUGUGGUAUGGUGUGUGGGACAUCUGGAGGAGACUGCUCUUCAUAGUGGCCAAUCUAUUCUUGUCUGUGAGUACAUCUUCUACUGUUCUGUUCAUUGAUUGCAUAUUCAUCAUGGUGUGUCUGAUUGUCAUCUGCCUUGUCCAACCCUACAAGAAGUAUCACAUCAAUUUCAUGGAGUCUUUCAUUAUUCUUUGUCUGUUUGGAGCCACCCUCGCAAUACUGGAUAGUGAGGACAUCUACGUUGGCCCCUUCACUUCGGUUGUAUUCAUUUCAAUCCCGUUUCUGUAUGCGAUUGUGUUUAUUGGAUAUCGGGGAAUAAAAAAAUUCGGUUCCAUGGGAUGGAACAAAGCGAAUGCAAAAUGGAAUCUACUCGAGAGAAACAAUGUUAGGAAAAUUAUCGAAUGCUAUGAGUCAGUGAAGAAAUAUUUUAGUGAGAAGAAACAGAAGGUGACAUCCGCAUUCACUUAUCCUUCUUCACCAGAAGCAGACUCACAAAAUCAACGUGACAGUGGUUAUAACUCAAACACUAAAGACAGCAUUCAGAGCAACUCGUCAGGCGGGUCUAACGAGAAGCCAACCAGUCCGACCAUAUUCCAAGAGGCUUGUGACCUCAGAGAACCAUUGCUUGAUUAAUGCAUGUACUUAUAAUUAUGUAUUGCUGGUUAUAUACAAUUUGCUUGUCAUUUAUUUUUAUUGUCCCCUUUUUUUAUGGAAGAUUACAUUAUAUGUUCUCACUGCACAUGCGCACACACACCAAGGCCUAAAAAGUAUAUUAUUUUAGGAAA